GACUUGGAGGCGUGUCUUUGCACAAAUCAGCUGGGGAAACAACAACAAAAAGGGGUGGCUCAGACUAGAACACGUCCAAGCCACAAUUGUUUCCAUGAAUUUAUAAAACUACUCAGCGUGUAACAGCUGAUCAGCCCAGCAGACAGUUCUACUCCAGACCAGACGGAAAUAAGACACUCUAAGGACAAGGAUGUGUGAGCAGACAGGGGUCCUCGCGCAGCGUCUGCAGUUUGAACGUGCUCCUUAACCAAAACCAAGUCGACAAUUUAUUUUUUCUCUUGCUUCUUCGUGCUUUGUCCGAUUUAGGGACGGGCUAAAUCACCAACAGAGUGGCAUGUGGGUCAAUUCCGGAACCGUCGGAAGGGCCCUCUCCAUGGAUAUAGACACAGACUAUGAGCGGCCCAAUGUGGAAACCAUUAAAUGUGUGGUGGUCGGGGAUAACGCAGUCGGCAAGACCAGGCUCAUCUGCGCGCGGGCCUGCAAUGCCACCCUCACUCAGUAUCAGCUGCUCGCCACCCACGUGCCAACCGUCUGGGCCAUUGACCAGUAUAGAGUAUGCCAGGAGGUGUUAGAGCGAUCGCGUGAUGUCGUGGAUGAGGUCAGCGUGUCUCUGCGGCUUUGGGACACCUUUGGGGAUCAUCACAAGGACAGAAGAUUUGCGUAUGGCAGGUCGGACGUUGUGGUACUUUGUUUCUCUCUGGCUAACCCAAACUCCCUGCGUCACGUCCGUACCAUGUGGUUUCCGGAGAUCAAACACUUCUGUCCUCGGACGCCUAUCAUCCUGGUCGGCUGCCAGCUGGAUCUGCGCUACGCUGACCUGGAUGCCGUUAACCGUGCCCGCCGACCCUUAGCCAAACCCAUUAAACCAACAGACAUUCUCCCACCAGAAAGAGGCCACGAGGUCGCAAAGGAGCUUGGUAUCCCUUACUAUGAGACAAGUAUAGUAGCUCAGUUCGGAGUCAAGGAUGUUUUCGACAAUGCCAUCCGAGCCGCCCUCAUCUCCCGCCGCCACCUGCAGUUCUGGAAGUCCCAUCUGAAGAAGGUCCAGAGGCCACUACUCCAGGCCCCCUUCCUACCCCCUCGCCCUCCACGGCCCAUAGUAGGAAUCCCAGACCCCCCGCCGUCUGAUGGAGAAGGCCCUGAUUCUCUGUUCUGCCAGCCCCUCUGCGCCGAUGUCCUCUUUCUCCUCCAGUGCGGCGCCACUCGAGUCUUCGCACACAAAGUUUAUCUUGCUACAUCCUGCUCCAAAUUCUAUGACCUGUUCACUCUGGAUUUGGGUGGGUUAUCUAAAGGGCAGGUGGGGGAAGAUCAGGAGAACAAAGAAAACAUGGAACUAGAAGAAGAGGAUGAACACACACGGAGAGGAGCGAAGGAGCAGGCAGGUCGUACCAAAAGUCUGGACAUUGACAAAGAUGGGAUUCAGGGAGGGGUGCAGGUGUUGAGCCGACCCCAGCUCCUGCAGCAGGGCUCUCUGAGGACUUCCCAGAGUGAUAACGCUCUGCCUUCUCGAGCUCAGUACACAGUGGGGGUGCUGGGGACCGGACGGGCACUUUCAGGGUGGGGCAGGGGUUUUCUGAGUGUUUGUCUGGAGCAUGUGGAAGAUCCCAUGACGGGACGCCCUCGACUGAUGACUGUGGUUGCCAUGGAUGCUCUCAUACAAGAAGAACCGUUUAAGGCCGUGCUCCAGUACCUCUACACGGGCAGCUUGGAUGAGGGCAGAGGGGAUCUGAUGCAGGUGGCCACUAUAGCCGAGCUGCUGGAAGUGUUUGACCUGCGGAUGAUGGUGGCCAAUGUGCUGAACCGAGAGAGCUUCAUGAACCAGGAGAUUACCAAGGCUUUCCACGUGCGCAGGGCCAACCGGAUCAAGGAGUGUCUCAGCAAGGGGACUUUCGCUGAUGUGGUGUUCCGCCUGGAUGAUGGCUCUCUUCCGGCUCACAAGCCCCUGCUCAUCUCCAGCUGUGACUGGAUGGCUGCGAUGUUCCGUGGAUCCUUCAUGGAGAGCUACACUGACGAGGUGUCCAUCCCCAACACAAGCACAGCAUGUAUGCGAGGGGUGCUGGAGUUCCUCUACUCUGGUCUGCUGACUCCCAGCCCAGGUCUGGAGCCCAUAGAACUUAUAGUUCUGGCCAAUCGUCUCUGUUUGCCACGCCUUGUCGCACUCACCGAACAACAUGCUGUUGAGGAGCUGCUUCAGUUGGCAGUGAAAGGAAUGGAUAUUGAUGGGCAAGUGUUGGCCUAUUUGGAACUUGCACAGUUUCACAAUGCCAAACAGCUGUCAGCUUGGUGUCUUCAUCACAUCUGCACUAACUAUAACAGCAUAUGCCGCAAGUUUCCCAAAGAUAUGAAGGCCAUGUGUCCAGAUAACCAGAGGCACUUUGAGAAGCAGCGUUGGCCUCCAGUGUGGUUCUUAAAGGAGGAGGACCGUUACCUGCGCUCCCAAAAAGAACGUGAGCGUGAGGAGGAGAUUCUGCGCAAGCAGCACACCAAAAGGGGCUGGUGUUUCUGGAGACACCCGUCUUCCUCUCCACACAUCUCCUGAAGUCUGCUCCCGAGGCUAAAGAGAGAACUCAGUCACAGCACUACUGUGCCUGAAUGUUUGGUGAAUGUUUGGGACUUAUCUGAUGAAUUUGGGUUUAGGUGUGGUACAGUGGUGUGAAUAUGUAGCUGUGGGUGACACUUGUGCUUCCCAGUGCCGUCCUUCUGUUCCUCCACUUAAACUGGUCCCUCCAGUGACAGAGCACCCAGAGUGUGCACUGGGUGCAAGGGCUCUGAUCUCUCAGUUUGCAUCCUUCACACUGACCUUAAGGCUCCCUGUGCUGAGCUAAUUCUGCCUUCACUUGUACACAGACUGUUAGCUUGCACACAUAAACACGGUCACCCCUCCAAAACCAGCACUGGAAACAGGAACACUGAUAAUGUCUUUUUGAUUUUUAUGAUAUUCUGUCCUCUUCAAUAUCUUUCAAGAAUUACGUUAUCAGGAGACUUCAUGGACACUACUCCCAGAAAAAAAAAAAAAAAAAAAAAAAAUUGCUAUGACUUGAUAAUGGCAAUUAACCCCCAGUCAAGUGGUCUUCUGUGUCUAUCAACAAGCUGCCAAACUCUUUGGUGCUUGGCAGAAAUAGAAAAAUGCAAACUUAUAUGAAUGAUCUGAAUUAACCCCUAUGCACUUUGUAUGCGCUCUGACAGUGACCACUACUAACGACAUAGGUUUUGGGGACCUCUUUACUGGCAGAAGGAUAAGUGCUUAUUUUACUAACAAUUUUACUUGUUUUAUAAUACCAAAGCUGUGAUUUAUUUUAAUCCAAACAUGGUUCUGCAAAAGGUGAUGGAAUAUAUAUUUAGAAAGUAUUUGAAAUAUAACUGUAAGGUGUAGGUUUGUUUUUUGGAGAAAUGUACAUACUGCCUUCCAUUUCCUUUUGCUAUAAUUGAAAAUGGUGCUUAACAUAUAAUUUUAUAGUGUUCACAUGCAAUUUUAUGCUGACAGUGUCUCAAGAGUUUUAGUGUUUACCACAAAACACUUUUGAAGGUAUUCAAAUGGGAAAGUAUUGUGAUUCUUCUUAGCGUGUCUGGGCUCACAUAGGGUUGGUGAUAUUAGAAUGUGUAAAACUAUGACCCACCCCAUGGCCUCUGCUGCUUUAUUUUAUAUAAUUCUUCUUAACCAGAAAAUAGUGCUUUUGUUGUGAUUGAAUAGUUGAAGUGCAGAUGAGAGCACAUCACAUUUGUUUUUGUUGAGUGAUAAUUUCUUUGGGCUCUGGGCCUUUAUGUGAAAACAAGACAUUGUGGUGAUGACUUUCUAUUAACACAUUGUUCUAUUUGUGUUUGUGUGCCCCUUAGCAUCACCAGUGCGACUGCUGCAGAAAGACGGAUUGUGUGAGACACGUGGUGUGUUCUCCAUGGGAGAUGUGUCAAAGUUAUUGUCAGCUACAGAAAUUGAAGGUAGAAAGGAUCUCACAAGACUUAAGUGAGAAAUUGGCAAAUUCCUCUUUGAAUUAUGUACAAGAGAUGGAAAAGCAUAACCAGGCUCCGUCUGUUAUUUUAGUACAUUCAACCAGCUACAUUUGUUUUCUUUUCAAACUGACACCUGAAUAUCCCGUGUAUAUUUGGGUUUAGGUGGUUGCAUGGAUCUGAUCAGUAAUUCUUUUCCUAUUGUCCAUGUGCCUUAUAAUAGUUGGACAACCAGAGUCAGGUAGAAUUUCAGCUAAAUUCUCAGUAAGAAUCUGCAGACUGGUUCUGUGGUAGAUGAUCCACAAUAAUCAUAUAAAGGGUGAUGGUGUUGUUCUUAUGCACUCUCAGCCAUUAUAUCAAAUGGAGAGGUCUUCUGAGCCAACCUGAGCCAUGCCCGUGGAGCACCUUUGUCUGUUUGUCAUAGAUUUGCUGACAGAUGGCCUUCACUUAAACUUUUAUAAUUGUAAUAGAAGCAACUUUGGCCUUAGAAUAGUUGGCUUAUUUCAUAUUGUGAUAAUGUUUGGUUUUAAUGCUCCACUUACCUUUUAGAGAGGAAGCUAAUCAAGCAAUGGUUUGACAGCUUGAUUCCUGCAGUCUACAGAGUUAAGCACUGGCUGGUCUCGGUGCGUAGUGCACGGUUAGCCUGUAGUCUUUACAAUGACACUCGGUGUUGGAAUGCACUUUCUUUGGUUUGAUGUUUAUUACUAUACCUGUGCUUAACACAAAUGGUUUAUUAUGUUCUAUUUUCUGAUGAUUGUAGCAUGCUAUUUACACCUAUACCCUAAAAUGGUUAUUGUUAAACUCUGUGGUAGCUUUUAAUUUUGCUAUGUUGCUUUAUGCACAAAUCAGCUUUACUAAAUGAGCUCUAUGCAGCUCAAAGUAGCAUAUUAUAUUAGGCAAGCACAUCCCCAGAAGUUCCCAAUAUGCAAAUCAAUGGGUUCUUGACCAAAGUGUUUGGUUUGACCCUAAGGUGCUGUUACCAUUAAAACAUUUCUGUCAAAUUAAUACCUAAAAUUUGCAACGGCCAAACUAUACUUUUGAAUUGUAUACACAGAAAUAAGUAAUGGUAGACCCUAAAAAUAAGCAGUUUUAUCUGCAUGUGAGGAGGAAAGAUUAGGUUGCAUGUUUCUUUGAGCAUUCACCCUAUAUGCAUAUGGAUUUAUUAAUGUAAAUGAUAAUAUUUUGUUUCUGAAUGCUUGCUCACAGCUUCUAAUUGGCUUUGGGUUAUGGGAUAAUGUGAAAUAUUUCUUUUUAUAAUUGUGCAACACUGACACCUACUGGCCAAAAUGUGUUUAGUCCAUUAUUUGCAAGGCCUCAUUUCCAGUAGAGCCUGCCAUCACUGUUAGGUGUCUCCUUUUCUGUGCCUUGAGUUAAACCUCACUCUUUUGGCUGUGUACUGGCUCUGCAUCCACAGCUUUCAGAGCUCUAAAGAGUUGAUAAAGCCAAGAAACACACAAGAGCACAGAAACUACAGUAGGCAGCUCUCAUUUCUGUAUAGUAUCUUAUCGCACGGUGUUUUUGACUUCCUUUACGAUGUUUAAGAAGCAUUAUAUGAACUUCCACCUGCACGUCUAGAGUAUUGUCUAUGCUAAAAUGCUAACAGGUCAUAUUUCUAACCCAGCAGUUAAAGCAGUGUUUUUCCAGUGUUGCAUUCAUUGAGGUGCCUGUAUGUCUUGCGAUGUAGCCUGUCACUACUAAUAUUGUGGACAUGCCCAGUUCUUGUCCAUCUUCUCUUAGGUCUUCUUCUCUUUAAGCCAAAAUGAAGUCAAAUACCCUAUUCUUGCUUAGCUACAAUAAUUUAUACUGCAAUCUUGCAAGGAGACUUAUAGAGUAUGUAAAUUGUGCUUUAAGUCAAGUUGUAAGUGUUGCUGGUUUAAACAGAAAAAGCAUAAGUUUCUCUCCACGCUUUAUGUGUUAAAGUGUUUGUAUGAGGCCCAGUGUUUUGGGUCAUAUACUUCUACUGUCAUGGUGUUUAACCUCCGGUCUUUACUGUACUUUAAGUGGAUGGUAUUGACUUGGUCUGUAGUAUUAUGAUGCACCUUUGUUCCUUAUGACUCAUAUGGUAUGGGUUUUUAUUAACUUUAUUACUACCACUUUUGUUGUGUAUAUUACAAUAAAAGGCAAAAAGAGCACACAAUACACAACUAAAACUAUCAAGGGCUUUCAAACAAUCUACAACAAUCAGAAUGUUUUUGCGACUGUUGCAAAAAUGUUGUGAAGCUUAACGUUUGUAAUAUUUUUAAACCACUGAUUUGUACAAAAAAUAUUGAGAAAAUGCGAUAAAAAGCUUCUUUUUGCCAUUUCAGUAUUUUGAUGUUUGACAUGGGUUUAUUAAAACUGAUAAUCUUUUAA